GCUCCAAAGCAGGAAAGACUUGUUUAUUCAGCACUUGCUGAACUCAAGGACCUGAGGAUUCCACAGAGAAGCAGCCCCGCAAGCAGGCAGCCAGUGGAAGAAGGGAAACACAAGAGAGGAAACUGCAAAUGGCUUGCUGGAAAGAGUAAGCCAAAGGCUUCCAAGUGGGAGAAAGCAAGCGUGCAUGGUGGCAACAGAGGAGUUAGCAGGUUGGAGAGGAAUUUAAUGUCUCAUCAUAUGGAUCACUGAAUGGGUAAUAAAUGGCCCUUCCUCGCCUAACAGGAGCCUUGCGCUCCUUUUCAAAUGUCACUAAACAGGAUGAUUAUAGUGAAGAAUCGGCUGACUUAACGAAUAAAAGAUCAAAAUUACAAGAGCAGUUGUCAAACUCUGGCCUUAUCUGGAAGAAAAUAGUUAAAUUUAUUGAGGAAAAUUCAACGAAAGAAAACCAGAGCACACUACAUGAAGAUUUAAGGACAAUACUGCAAGCUGCUAAACAGAUAGUGGGAUCUGAGAAUGGACAAGAAGCUAUUGAGAGUGGUGCUGUUUUCCUUUUUAAGACCUUCUACAUGAAGGAAUGUGUUGGUCAUGAUGAGACAAAAGCCAUCAAGCAGAUGUUUGGGCCUUUUCCGUCAUCGUCUGCUACUUCAGCCUGCAGUGCCACAUAUAGGAUUGCUUCUCACUUUACUGAAGGACAGCUCACUGUCCUUUUGCAGAUGGCAGAUGAGCAAACUGGUAACAAAAGACUAUGUUUUGGUAAAAAUAUAGUAUUUUCAUUUGAUAUGCAUGAUUUGGAUCACUUUGAAGAACUGCCAGUAAAUGGUGAAAUUGAUGAACAAAAAGUCAUAAGUUUGGAUUACAAUAAAUUUCUUAAUAACCAUCUGGAUCAUUUCACAAACUGCUAUGAUGAAGGCUCUGGCAUGAAGUCAUUGGAGAAAGUGGAUGAUUCUUUUCUGUGGUGUGAGAUUGGGAAGUAUUUGAAUGAAUCGCUAAAGGGAACAACUGGAGGCCCAACAAUGGAGCACCUUUGCUGCACUGUGUACGAGAUGCUUGCUUCACCUAAAAGUGGUGAUGAGCUUCAGAAUGAGUUGUUUGAGCUGUUGGGACCAGAGGGGCUUGAACUCAUAGAGAAGCUUCUUCAAAACAGAUCUACAAUUGUGGAGAGAUCAUUUUCGGGGCCAAAUGAUAAGCUGCAAUAUCUGCAAGAACAGUGCAAGAAGUUCACAGGAGAAAACACAAAACCCAAUUAUGGUUGCCAAGUCACAAUACAGUCUGAACAGGAGAAGCAGUUAAUGAAACAAUAUCGUCGUGAAGAGAAACGAAAUGCCAGGCGGGAAAAACGAACAGGCGAAGAUGGUGAGGCUUUUGUAGAUGGUCUAAUGUGCUUUGAUCCCAAGGAGCUCCGGAUGCAAAGAGAACAGGCACUUCUGAAUGCUCGGACAAUGCCAGUCCUAGGCAGACAAAGAGAGACUGAAUUUGAAAAAGUUCAUUACCCACAUGUUUAUGAUUCACAAGCUGAAGCACGAAAAACCUCAGCAUUUAUUGGGGGAUCAAAGAUGCUUCUGCCAGAAGCUAUUGAAAGAGAAAAUAAUAAAAUGUAUGAAGAAGUCAAGAUCCCUCAUAGUGAACCAAUGCCUAUUGGUAUCGAGGAAAAACCAGUUUAUAUUAAGGAUUUAGAUGAGAUUGGACAAAUUGCCUUUAAAGGAAUGAAAAGGUUAAAUCGAAUCCAGUCAAUAGUUUUUGAAACUGCCUACAACACAAAUGAGAAUAUGCUAAUCUGCGCACCCACUGGGGCUGGAAAGACUAACAUUGCUAUGCUAACUGUCUUACAUGAAGUUCGUCAGCAUGUUCAGCAAGGAGUUAUCAAAAAGGAUGAGUUUAAGAUUGUUUAUGUUGCUCCUAUGAAGGCAUUGGCAGCUGAAAUGACAAAUUACUUCAGCAAGCGGCUGGAGCCACUAGGCAUCACAGUGAAAGAGCUGACUGGCGAUAUGCAGUUGUCGAAAAGUGAAAUUCUACGAACGCAGAUGCUUGUGACUACUCCAGAAAAGUGGGAUGUAGUGACCAGGAAGAGUGUUGGAGAUGUAGCCCUCUCCCAACUUGUGAAGCUUCUUAUCCUUGAUGAAGUACACCUGCUGCAUGAAGACAGAGGACCUGUGCUAGAAAGUUUAGUGGCUCGUACCUUGCGCCAGGUUGAGUCUACACAGAGCAUGAUUAGGAUCUUGGGACUUUCAGCUACACUACCCAAUUACCUUGAUGUUGCUACAUUUCUUCAUGUUAAUCCCUAUAUUGGACUAUUUUACUUUGAUGGCCAUUUUCGACCUGUUCCACUUGGGCAGACGUUUAUAGGGAUCAAGACAGUCAAUAAGGUGCAGCAGCUGAAUAAUAUGGAUGAAGUGUGUUAUGAAAAUGUCUUGAAGCAAGUAACAGCUGGACAUCAGGUGAUGGUGUUUGUCCAUGCUCGAAAUGCCACUGUCCGGACUGCUAUGGCUCUUCGUGAAAAAGCUAAAAAUAAUGGUCAUAUUUGCUAUUUUUUGCCAUCUCAAGGCCCUGAUUAUGGACAAUCUGAAAAACAAGUGCAAAAGUCCAGAAACAAGCAGUUACGUGAAAUGUUUCCAGAUGGAUUCAGUAUUCAUCAUGCAGGAAUGCUCCGGCAAGACAGAAAUUUGGUGGAGAAUUUGUUUUCUCGUGGAUAUAUCAAGGUCUUGGUUUGUACAGCUACCUUAGCCUGGGGUGUCAAUCUUCCAGCUCAUGCUGUCAUCAUUAAGGGAACACAGAUCUAUGCUGCAAAAAGAGGCUCCUUUGUUGACCUUGGCAUUUUAGAUGUCAUGCAGAUAUUUGGACGAGCUGGACGGCCUCAGUUUGACAAAUUUGGAGAAGGUGUCAUUAUUACAACACAUGACAAGCUCAGCCAUUAUCUGACACUGCUUACUCAGCAGAACCCAAUUGAGAGCCAGUUCCUUGAAAGCCUUGCAGACAACUUGAAUGCAGAGAUUGCUCUUGGAACAAUAACAAAUGUCGAGGAAGCAGUAAAGUGGAUAAGUUAUACUUACCUUUAUGUACGGAUGAGAGCAAACCCAUUAGUAUAUGGCAUCAGUCACAAGGCUUAUCAGAUGGAUCCAACUUUAGAGAAGCACAGAGAGCAGCUAGUGAUUGAAGCUGGCCGAAAGUUGGAUAAAGCCCGGAUGAUUCGUUUUGAAGAAAGAACUGGAUUUUUUUCCUCAACAGAUUUAGGCAGAAUUGCCAGCCACUAUUACAUUAAAUGUAAUACUAUUGAGACUUUCAAUGAACUAUUUGACGCUCACAACACAGAAGGUGAUAUUCUUGCUGUAGUGUCUAAAGCAGAGGAAUUUGAACAGAUCAAGGUGAGAGAAGAAGAAAUAGAGGAGCUGGAAGUCUUGCUGAGCGAUUUCUGUGAACUUCCUGCUCCUGGUGGAGUGGAGAACAGUUAUGGGAAAAUAAAUAUUCUCCUGCAAACUUAUGUUAGCCGAGGAGAAAUUGAUAGUUUUUCCCUUAUUUCAGACUCUGCUUAUGUUGCACAGAACGCAGCACGUAUUGUUCGAGCCCUUUUUGAAAUAGCCCUUCGUAAACGCUGGCCUGCAAUGACGUACCGGCUGCUGAACCUCAGCAAAGUGAUCGACAAGCGAUUGUGGGGCUGGGUCAGUCCUUUGCGACAGUUCUCAGUCCUUCCUCCAUCAGUCCUUACUAAACUGGAACAAAAAAAUCUUACAGUUGAUAAGCUGAAGGACAUGAGGAAAGAUGAAAUAGGUCACAUGCUCCAUCAUGUGAAUAUUGGAUUAAAGGUCAAACAGUGCGUCCAACAAAUUCCCUCUAUUACAAUGGAAGCAACCAUUCAACCAAUUACACGUACUGUGCUCAGAGUUAGGUUGAACAUCACUUCAGAUUUCAAGUGGAAUGACCAGGUGCAUGGCACAGGUGGAGAGCCUUGGUGGAUCUGGGUGGAAGACCCAACUAAUGAUCACAUUUACCAUUCAGAAUAUUUUAUUAUUCAAAAAAAGCAGAUCAUUGCAAAAGAAACUCAACUCCUGGUAUUCACAAUACCAAUAUUUGAACCUCUACCAUCUCAGUAUUACAUCCGGGCUGUGUCUGAUAGAUGGUUAGGAGCUGAGGCUGUAUGUGUUAUCAAUUUUCAGCAUCUGAUUCUACCAGAGAGACAUCCACCUCAUACAGAACUACUGGAUCUCCAGCCUUUACCUAUCAAAGCUUUGGGACAUCCUGCUUACGAAGCCCUGUACAAAUUCACUCAUUUCAACCCGAUUCAGACCCAGAUAUUCCAUACAUUGUAUCACACAGAUUGUAAUGUUCUUCUUGGAGCUCCUACUGGAUCUGGAAAGACGGUUGCAGCAGAAUUGGCUAUCUUCAGAGUUUUUAACAACUAUCCCACAGCAAAGGCAGUUUAUAUUGCUCCGCUAAAGGCACUGGUGCGGGAAAGAAUAGAAGACUGGAAAAUUAGAAUUGAAGAAAAGCUUGGCAAAAAGGUCGUGGAGUUGACAGGGGAUGUGACUCCUGAUAUGAGGUCCAUUGCCCAAGCUGACCUUAUUGUUACUACACCAGAGAAGUGGGAUGGGGUUAGCAGAAGCUGGCAGAACAGAAGCUAUGUUCAAAAAGUUUCUAUUCUCAUCAUAGAUGAAAUCCACCUUCUAGGGGAUGAGAGAGGCCCUGUACUGGAAGUUAUUGUGUCUCGUACCAACUUCAUCUCAUCUCACACCGAAAAGUCUGUCAGAGUGGUUGGUCUAUCCACUGCAUUAGCUAAUGCGAGAGAUCUUGCUGAUUGGCUGAAUAUCAAUCAGAUGGGACUUUUCAACUUCAGGCCAUCAGUACGUCCAGUCCCAUUGGAAGUACACAUUCAGGGCUUCCCUGGCCAGCACUACUGUCCUCGUAUGGCUAGCAUGAACAAGCCGGCAUUUCAGGCUAUUAGGAGCCAUUCCCCAGCCAAACCAGUCCUUAUAUUUGUAUCCUCCAGACGUCAAACUAGAUUCACGGCUCUGGAACUGAUUGCGUUUUUGGCAACUGAGGAUGAUCCAAAACAAUGGCUGAACAUGGAUGAAAGAGAGAUGGAUGACAUCAUAGCAACAAUAAGGGAGUCUAACCUCAAACUGACACUUGCCUUUGGAAUAGGCAUCCACCAUGCUGGUCUGCAUGAACGAGACAGAAAAACUGUUGAAGAGUUAUUUGUGAAUUGCAAAAUCCAAGUUCUUAUUGCCACAAGUACAUUAGCCUGGGGUGUCAAUUUUCCAGCACAUUUAGUCAUUGUUAAAGGGACAGAAUUUUAUGAUGGAAAGACAAGGCGUUAUGUGGACUACCCAAUUACAGAUGUUCUUCAGAUGAUGGGACGUGCUGGUAGACCUCAAUUUGAUGACCAAGGCAAAGCAGUUAUUCUGGUUCAUGACAUCAAGAAAGAUUUCUACAAAAAAUUUCUUUACGAGCCUUUUCCAGUAGAAUCAAGUUUGCUGGAAGUUCUGUCUGAUCAUUUAAAUGCUGAAAUUGCAGCUGGAACGAUAACUUCAAAGCAGGAUGCCAUGGAUUAUAUCACCUGGACUUACUUCUUCCGUCGCCUUAUCAUGAAUCCUAGCUACUAUAAUUUAGAUGAUGUGAGCCAUGAUAACAUGAACAAGUUCCUUUCAAACCUUGUUGAGAAAUCACUCAUUGAUCUGGAGUACUCGUACUGCAUCAAAAUAGGGGAGGACGACCGUAGUAUUGAACCUCUGACUCAUGGCCGCAUUGCUUCAUAUUACUAUUUGAAGCAUCCAACGGUCAGGAUGUUCAAAGAUCGUUUAAAACCUGAAAGUAGUGUUGAAGAACUGCUUUCAAUUCUGACAGAUGCAGAAGAAUAUGCAGAACUCCCAGUGAGGCACAAUGAAGAUCAGAUGAACAGUGAACUAGCCAGAUGUGUCCCCAUUGAAGUAAAUCCUCAUUCUUUUGACAGUUCACACACAAAAACACAUCUUCUGAUACAAGCCCAUUUUUCUCGUACCAUGCUACCGUGCCCAGAUUAUGUCACUGAUACCAAGACCGUGUUGGACCAGUCCGUGAGAAUCUGUCAGGCAAUGCUGGAUGUUUCAGCAAACCAAGGCUGGUUGGUGACUGCUCUAAAUAUAACCAGUCUGAUACAAAUGUUGAUUCAGGGGCGAUGGAAACAUGAAUCCUCUUUACUUACUUUACCAAAUGUCGAGAACCACCAUCUUCACCUUUUCAGAAAAUGGAACCAAAGGAAAUGGAAGGGCAGUUACCAAGGGCCCAUUGAAUGUCUUCCUGAACUGAUAGCUGCAUGUGAUGGAAAAGAGAAUAUUUUUGCUUCUAUUGUAGACCACGAGUUGCAUGCUGCACAUAUUACACAGGCUUGGCAUUUCUUGUCCCAUUUGCCAGUUAUAGAAGUUAAUAUGAUUAUCAAAGGCUGCUGGGAUGAUGCAAUUCAAGAACAGAAAGAAUUGUCUGUUCCAGUGUUGGCAACAGGCAUGCGGGAUGACAAAAAGUGGAUCAAGUUACAUGCAGAUCAAGAAUACGUCCUCCAAGUAAACUUGCGAAGAUUGCAUGUUAGUUAUACCAAGGCAAAGCAGGACAGCAAAGCACUUUCACCUCGAUUCCCCAAGAUGAAAGAUGAAGGGUGGUUCUUGAUCCUGGGAGAAGUGGACAAAAGAGAACUUAUUGCUCUGAAAAGAAUUGGAUAUGUCCGAAAUCAGAGUGCAGUGUCUGUUGCUUUUUACACUCCAGAAGCUCCUGGAAAGUAUAUCUACACAUUGUAUCUUAUGAGUGACAGUUACCUGGGAAUGGACCAACAAUAUGACAUUUAUCUGAACAUCCUGCCAGCUACCACCUCAACACAGGCCAAUAUAGAGCUCUCUGAUGCCUUAAAUGACCUGACUCUGAAAUAACAUGACCUGUGUGCCCUCUUGUGCCAGGAUGUUCCUGGGAAAGGAAAACUGUGUUUGCCUUAGUACAAUCAGCAUCCAACCUAGAUGCCCAGGAAAUUGAAAUGACUGCUGUAUUGAUUCUGAUAACAAAGUUAGCCUCAGUGGCCUUUUUAUCUGAUAAAGGCUUGCAUUUUAAAAAAUUCAUGAUUUAGGUUCUUUGUAAACUGACUGGUUUCCUAUUAAUGUAUAUGCCAUGGUUGUUUUGACAGAUCAGACUAUGAUAGAAAUUGGUAUUUUAAUUUACAGAAAUGAAGUUGCCAUUAGCAUUUAUGAUAUAAUUAUUUUUAGCCACUAUAUUCCAAAAGCAUCAUUUCCAUAUGAGUAAAAGUGAACUCUUCAUGCAUAGCUGAAGAGUUCUUGUCUGAAAAGCCAAUGUGGUUCAGAAGAAGUCUCCAGCUGCGUGGAUGGUUUCUUUACUUGUGCAUAAAGAUGUUUCUUGAGUAGAGCCACUGUGUGUACAGUUAGUUAUAUGAUCUUUUCUCCCUUUAAUUUAUGAGAAUUUAACUAUAGGGAAAAUUGGUGCUUAGCUACAUUGUAAGGUUUUGUAUUUAAGACAAAUGCCUGUGACAAAUAUAAGGAUUUUUCUGUGUAAAAUGUAUUGGACAUAGUAAUAAAUCUGCACUUAAGCAUA